ACCGAGACCGUCGCUUUCGAGUAGGGACGGGUGAGAUUGAGAUCACAACAAUCCCUCUCUCUCUCUCUCUCCGUCCACUUCUCUUCGAAAGGGAACAAAGGAGCUGCGUGUCGCAUAACACGAAGAAUUUAGCUGUUUCUUACUGAGAAAAUUGAUCUCCACUUCCCACAAGCGCUCUUGGGCCAGAUGCUCUGUUUGAAAUAGCAUGUCUGAACAGCCUGACUAUGGUUGCAAAAGCUCUAGCUCAAGCGUGAGUAGCAGCUUGCAGGAGACUGAGGAUGAAGUAACAAUCGGCAGCCUCUUGGCAGAAGCAAGUAAAAGCAACAGAAGAAGCCUGGGCAAGCGCCUCUCUCAUUUGGAUUCCAUUCCGCACACACCUCGAAUUAAUGGCCAAAUUCCUGACGUCGAUAAUGCUACCUUAGAUCACGAACGACUGUCAGAAAGGCUUACUACAUAUGGUUUAGCUGAAUUACAGAUUGAAGGAGACGGGAAUUGUCAGUUUCGAGCUUUGGCAGAUCAGAUUUUCCGCAAUCCUGACUACCACAAGCAUGUGCGAAAGGCAGUUGUAAAGCAGCUUAAGAAGUUCAGGAAAUUUUAUGAAGGCUAUGUUCCAAUGGAUUAUAAGACGUAUCUGAAAACAAUGAAAAGAUCCGGGGAAUGGGGAGAUCAUCUGACGUUGCAAGCUGCGGCAGAUCGGUUUGGUGCCAAAAUUUGUCUUCUUACCUCAUUUAGAGAUAGAUGCUUCAUCGAAAUUGUUCCUAAAGAUCAAAAUCCUACAAGAGAGCUUUGGCUUAGCUUUUGGAGUGAAGUACACUACAACUCCUUGUAUGCUGCUGAUGACCUUCCAACUCGAGUGACAAAACGGAAGUACUGGCUUUUCUAGAGAGCUUCGAUCUCAAUAGCAGCCUCCACUGAAACGAAUUCGUCGAUGAACCUCGUUCUGAAACUUUCUUUUACGUUGUAAUUUUUGUACAGUAUUUUCUUUUUUUUUUCACACUUCUCUUUUGCAAAACUUGUCGCCGGUAAUUCAGAGAUUCUCGCCAUCGUCGUAAUUUCUAUCUGUAAUUUUGUGAUGUUUUUGAUGACAUGAAUUCUUGCUUAAAGAUCAAAGUCUAAAAGUAUUGAUGUUC